GACUCAUAUUACUUCGAAUUCUUAUUUGUCUUCUUCAACAUGGCGAGAAGUUCUGUUUUGUUAUGUUUAAUUCUAUUGGUUACAUUAGGAGUUGUGAUAAGUGUCACAUUUGCCGACAACAUUGAAGUGAAAUCAAAAGAUUUAGAGAGCAGUAAGAAAGAUAAGAAGGUUGAUCAUGAUAGUAAGGGAGGAGAAAAUGUAGAUGGUGCCGGUUCUGAUGAUGAAGACAACGAUAAAAAGGACAAAAAGAAAGGGCAUGAUGUGCACAAAAAGGAUAAUCAACAUGAAAACAAAGACAAGGAUGAUGAGAAGAAGCAUGUUGAUAAGAAAGAUGAUGAUGAUGAAAAGAAGCAUAAGGAUAAAAAGAAGGAUGGACACAAUGAUGAUGAUGAUGAUGAUGAUACUGAUGAUGAUACCGAUGAUGAUGACGACGAUGAUGAUGAAGAUGAAGUUGAUGGAGAUGAUGAUGAGAAGGAGAAAAUUGGGUUAUACGAGCUCAAGAAGGGAAAUCUAACGAUCAAAUUCACAAAUUGGGGUGCUUCAAUCAUGUCUCUCCAUUUCCCAGACAAAAAUGGAAAGAUGGACGAUAUUGUUCUUGGAUAUGAUAGCGUCAAAUCCUACAAGACCGACAAGGUGUAUUUCGGAGCAACCGUGGGCCGAGUAGCAAAUAGAAUUGGAAAGGCCAAAUUCAAAUUGAAUGGUAAAGAGUACAAGACAAGUGCCAACGAUGGGAAAAACACACUUCAUGGUGGCAAGAAAGGGUUUGGGGAUGUUGUGUGGGCAGUUGCAAAACACAAGUAUGAUGGCAAGAAACCUCACAUUGUCUUCACUUACACAAGUCCUGAUGGCGAUCAAGGGUUUCCCGGAGAACUCAAUGUCACGGUGACAUACAAACUUGUCAAAGACAAUGAAUUGAGUGUGGUGAUGGAGGCAAAGCCUAAAGAUAAAGCAACUCCGGUGAACUUAGCUCAUCACAGUUAUUGGAAUCUUGGUGGUCAUAAUUCCGGAGAUAUUUUGUCUGAAGAAAUUCAAAUCCUCGGUUCAGGCUAUACUCCCGUCGAUGAUGAGCUCAUCCCCACCGGAAAAAUCACUCCGGUGAAAGGAACAGCGUAUGAUUUUCUCCAACUCCGCCCUAUAAAAGAUAAUAUGAAGGAUCUUAAGACAGGAUAUGAUAUAAAUUAUUGCUUAGAUGGUAAGGCGAAAAAGAUGAGAAAGAUAGUCGAACUCGUAGACAAGAAAUCGGGGAGAAAAAUGGAGUUAUCCGCAAACCAACCAGGUUUGCAAUUCUAUACCGGAGGAAUGUUAAAGGAUAUCAAAGGGAAGAAUGGGGCGGUUUACCAAGCUUUCGGGGGAUUAUGUUUAGAAACACAAAGUUAUCCAGACGCAUUAAACCAUCCGAAAUUUCCUUCACAGAUUGUCGAGCCAGGGAAGAAAUACAAGCACACUAUGCUCUUCAAGUUUUCUAUUGUUUCAUAGACUAUUUUAUAUUUUGUUACAUACAUGAUUACCUUUGGAACCAUGUUCAAUGGUUAUAUGAAGAAGAAACUAGUUACAUUGUAAUUUUGUAACAAUUCUUAAACUAUUAUAUAAAUUUCAUGAUCUUAA